GUCCACAGCAGCAUUGCAGCAGUCAGCUCGAGGAGCCGGUACCUCCACUACUCGGCUCGUUAGGGUUUUGAGUUUUGACAAUUCCAAUUACUAAACCCUAUCUUACCUCUGCUUCCAAUUCUCCUCUCCCUCUCUUCCUGACACCAGUUCCUCUCUUCCGUCGUCUUCGCUGGGAUUACGAUGGAAGCGCCGCCGCCGACGGAAACCGGUGCUAGUUCCGGGACCGUACAGAGGGCCAUCGCCGCUCUUCAGGCAUGGCGAGCUACCAAGCUGAAGACCCAGAAAGCUCAACUCCUAGAACAGGACGAAUUCAUGUACGUUGUUAUCUCUCUCAAGAAGAUCCCGGAAAAGGGCGUCGGCCGAGUCAAGCCGUACAAAGUCAGUCUCCCUCACCGCCUGACAAACCCUGAAGACGGAAGCUCCGAGCUCUGCUUGAUCAUCGACGACAGACACAAAUCUGGUCUCACCAAGGAAUCCGCCAAGAAGAAGAUCGAUAACGACGGGAUCCCCAUCUCCAAAAUCAUCAAGCUUUCCAAGCUCAAGACCGAUUACCGCCCCUUCGAGGCGAAGAGGAAGCUCUGCGAUUCGUAUGACUUGUUUCUGGCCGACAGAAGGGUGCUCCCUUUGCUGCCUAAGAUGUUGGGGAAGGAGUUUUUCAGGAAGAAGAAGAUUCCGGUGCCGAUUGAUUUGAAGCACAAGGGUUGGAAGGAGCAGAUUGAGAACGCCUGUGGCUCUGCUCUAGUAUUUGUCAAGACUGGUACUUGUAGUGUUGUGAAGGCAGCGAAGCUCUCGAUGGAGAAAGAUGAGAUUGUGGAGAAUGUGAUGGCUACCAUUAAUGGGGCUGUUGAGAAGAUUGUGCCUAAGAAGUGGGGUGGUGUUAGGUCUAUUCACUUGAAGCUGCUCGAUAGCUUGGCUUUGCCUGUGUACGAGGCAGUUCCGGAGUUGAAGUUGAAGAUCGAAGGUCAGAAAGUGGAGGUAGAAGAGGAGACGGAGAAGGAGCUGGAGAGAGAGAAUCUUGAGGAGGGGAAAACUGGGAAGAAGAAGAAGAAGGGGAGAAUUAGCGAGAUUCGGUAUAUGGACACCAAUGGCGAUGCUGAGGUUGAUGGCGAGGAACUGGCAAGUUAUGGUGACCAGGAGACAGAGGCUGGUGGGAUUAAUGAAGUUGUAGUUAAGAAGAGGAAGAAGGGAGUUAACGAGGAAAGUGAGAAGAGAGCCAAGAAGGUUUCUAAAGUGAAGAGUGUGGAUGGCGCCAAACGAAAGAAGGAUGUCAGUAAAGGGACAAAUGAGGCAGCCAUCAAGCUAAAAAAGAAGAAGAAAGUGUGAAGCACAAACAAUAAGCUCGGGUUAAUCAUGCGUCGUGCUGCUUGUUAGACAUGGCCGCAAGUCCAGUAUCACUGCCUCUUUGUUCCGUGUAAGCAAUUUUGGCCUUCUGUUAUCAACUUGUUGAAGAUUUAAGCUUUUAUUUAGUUUGGGAAGAUAGUCCUUUUUAUUUUGGGUUUAGUCAAUCAGACUCUGUAUCGUCAUGUUCAAUAGAGAAUGAGAAACUGAAUGGUAGAGUUUCUAAUUGACCAUUGUUGCAGAAUUGGUUACUCUUUGUCACUAUAUUUGCCCUUCACCUAUUUCUUGGACACUUCAACUUUAGUUCAUGAUAACAACAAUCGUUCUCCAUCAAGCUCAGCUCUACAUUUGUGCUUUGUGUCCAACCCCCACUAGUUGGUGGCUUUCUAGUGUUUUGCUGACGUUGCACUAGAUACUACCUGGUUAGUUUCACGGCUUCAGAUCAUAUUUUUCAUAAACAAAUGUGUCUUUCUGUGACCUACUUGAAAUUACCGUGUAAGUCUAUGCAAUGAGUUCAGCCAUGGCUGCACAAUUUGAAUUCAAAUUGUCGCAGAUCUGCGAAGACAGAUUUCAGGUUCAGAAGCUGUUAUAUCCCAAGAGGGUUGUUGAUGAGGGCCACAAGCGUUCUGGGUAGACAGUCAUACUGAUGUGGACCAGGAAAACCUUAAAACACAAUACCUUCUUGUCUAAAGAACCUUGCCUAGGUGAUUAUGAUACAGAAUUCUACUAAUCUUAAUGUUUACAAGUGAACUCGGCCGGUGCUGCAAAAUAGAAUGGUUCCGAGAGGGUGGUUGUUGAGCACCGCAGGGGUUGUGGUAGACAGUCCUACCGAUGUUGACCAGGCAUCUAAAAGCGCAAUACCUUUCAAUGUCUUCAAACGAACAUGCGAAUGCUAAGUGAUUAUGAUAUAUAAUUCCACUGAUCUUAGUGUUUACAAGUGGACUAGCAAUAAACUUUGGAAAAUAAGUUGCUUAAGGUUUGUGAUGGCAUGGACGGAGUGCGUGACUUAAUACCCAUGUUCUAUCCGAUGAUACUACAUGUUGGAGUGUGUAAUAUCCGUGCGUAACUUAAUACCCAUGUUCUAUCCGACGAUACUACAUGUUCUAUCUUACAUGUUAUUUGAAAAAUAUAUAUUCAAAAUUUUACUUUUUACGAUAAAACAAAGGAGAAAAUACUUUAUGAAUGAAAAUAGUGAUAAUAGAGUGGGUAAUUGAGUCUAAUUAGUUGAAAGAUCGAGUCUAACUAGUUGAAAAAGUCAAAAUAGAACAAAUAUGAAUAGAUACGGUAGGAAAUUGAGAUAGAAUGGGGCAAGAACGAGGCGGACGGGGCAUGGCGGGUCAGAAUUAGAUACCCAGCUCCACGCUAUUACGGGUCAGGUAAUACACGGCCCAUCGCAGGUCAGGUCGGAUAAUACAUGCGGAGCGGGUUCAAAUUGAGUUUACUACUAGAAAUGAGUUCCAAUUGUUACUAAUAGGAUGACAAUGAGACGAGUACCCAUGGGUAAGACUAGCUCCGUACAUCCAACAUUAUAAUAUCUAAAAUUUUAUAAGUAAAUUUCAAUUUUAACA